CGCUUAUUUACGAAGCUUAAUGUCCAAUGUUGACACAAACAGAUGUUACCGACAGUUCCAAUGCAAGCGAAUUACGAUCCCUCCUCAGGAGAACUCGUUUGGCAGAUCGUUUAGCAGAAUGGAUUGUGGUGAACAAAUGGAGAUUGAUGGAUCUACAUCUUUUUCUUCGCUGCCUACUACAGAUGAUUUUGUUCUUGUGAAGCCUAUCAGCAAAGGCGCCUUUGGGAAGGUGUGGCUGGGCUACAAGAAAUCAUGUCAGGAGCGGAUGCUUGCGAUUAAGGUUAUGAAGAAAGUUGAUUUGGUCAACAAGAAUCUGAUUGAACAAGUGACAGCGGAGAGAGAUGCUCAAGCAAGGUCAAGAAGCCCAUUUGUUGUUCAGCUCUUCUACUCUCUACAGUCAAAGCAAAACAUCUUUUUGAUCAUGGAAUAUAUGAUUGGGGGAGAUGUCAAGUCUUUGUUGAUCAUGCUCGGCUACUUCAGUGAGGAAAUGUCUUGCUUCUAUGCUGCGGAAGUCACGUUGGCUCUAGACUAUCUGCACAAACGAGGCAUUGUCCACAGGGACUUAAAACCUGACAACAUGUUGAUUUCUGACUCUGGACAUAUCAAGUUGACUGAUUUUGGCCUUUCAAAAGUGUCAAUGGACUAUCGUCCGAGCCCUCGGGCUGGUAGCAUGACACCAUUUGCUCGCGAUCAUUUGGCCCUGAGGACCCCCGGACAGAUUUUGAGCUUACAGUCAUCUCUUGCCUUUACACUGAGCACAACCAAAAGUAAUGCCUACUACCCAAAGGGGGAUUCUUACUCGGACAUGGAUGACUCUACCAACCAAUCGCAGCACCUAAUGCCUCCCCACGUCUGGUCACCGAACAACAAGGGCAAGAGGAACUCUCUCUCACGCCGCAUGUUGACGCCUGUAGGGAACAAGCAAGCCCUUCAGACCAGCAGGCUGUGCAACAGCAGUUAUGGUUCCACGCCCCCUGUUCAGAGCCUGACUCCAACUCUACAGGAAUCUCUUACAUGGAGAAGUUCCUCAGCCAGUGAGCCCACCUCCCGGAAGGCCUGCAGUCUCUUGCAGUUGUCUUUGGCCUCCAGAAAACAUGACAGUACUUAUGCACUUGGAUCUGGUGGGAACUGCAGCACAGUGUCGCUGUCUGACAUCCCCAGUGCAACAAACGCUGUUGAAAUGGACAUGUCUAUCAAUGACCACGGCAAUAGUGCUUGUGAUCCAGAUCUAGAAAGGAGCCACGGAGAUGAUGUCAACUCAACUUGUAGCUCCCAUAAGGUUCGGGAUGGUUGCACCAACACCCAGCACCCCCCUAGUUGUGAUAGUCAUAUCAUGCCUUUAUUUCGAGAUGGAGAGGUGGAUGAUGAAACUCCAAUGUUGCAUCGGACUCAUGAUUCUGUGUGGAAUUCUUACGCCGCUCGCAAUCUCCGCUCCAUGGCAGAUGGAUCUUACACUGAUUCAGGGUCUCUUGGAGGCAGCUUUCUUUCUGAUUCACAUUCCAAAUUUCUGGGCACUGUUCGUGUUGAAGAAAUGGGUAAACCUUCCCCUUCCCAGCAAGUGUCAAGUGAAAGUGUUCGAAAGUCUGUAAAAAGUCAGAAAGAAUCUUCCAAUACAAACUCCUCGGCAAUUCGUAAAUUUGUGUUUUCGAAAGAUGGUGUAAGUCAUGGAGGUAGUAGCAGCAGCAUCUCUGAUUUUCCGGAAAAGAUCUCUGUCACUAGUGAAAGUAGCCUCAGUGAUAACGUCUUCCAAAGUUCUGACUUAAGCAAAUGGUCUCUUGCCUCCUUUGAGAAGGCUCGAGGUGUGGUCUCUGGACUCGACGACUCUCUCAGCGGUGCUCGUUGUUUCUCCCAGACCCAUUCCGUUGCUGCCUCGACUGACAUGGAUUUAUCCAGUGACUUUUCUUCUCAUUUUCAAGGCAGGGACAAACUUUUAGACAGCACCCGCUUGUCCAUAGAUUUUGGUCAGUCUCAGGUUAGUUUAGACUCGGGGCCUGAAUUGAAGGACUUGAGCAAGUUGUCUGGGCUAAGCCGCAUAGCUCUUCAACCUAUUAAUCCAGAUCAGCACAGAGACAGCAAGACGCUUCCUCAUUUGAAAGUUGUUCCUGGAAAACGGUCUGGGGAUUUGUUAAGGAAAGAGAAAGAGCAAGCUCCCAACAGUGAAGGUUUAGCAACUCGACGGAAGUUGAGCCGUCCUGGCCUGAGGCGUGUUCUGUCAGACACGUUUGACAAAUGCCUUGAGAAAUCAUCGAGUUCCUCAUUCAGUCGAUCAAAAAGUGUCCGCCAAUCUCCAACUAAGGCUCGUCAAGUAUCCUUGACUAGAAAGAGCAGAUCAGUGGAUGAUGAGUCUACUUCUGAUGAGGAUGUUCAUUUUGACAACGCUCAACGUUUCAAAAGACCAUUGUCGUUUUCUUCAAGCUUUAAAAACUCUCCAGAGCGCUCCUCAGAGCUUCACUCAGGUUUGACUCCUGAGGUAGAAAAAAUUAAUUUUGCAGAUGGCAGCAUGGGGCGUCCAGCCAAAGCAUUACGCUUAGACAGGGAUCUUUACACCAAAAACCUCUUUGGGUCUAAUUCAAACAUUGAAAAUUCCGAACAUACUUCAUCCUAUUCUGGUAGUCCAGAUUCAGUUCACAUACAGUCCUUAUUUGGUGGGAGAGAAAAUAUGCAGUCUGGAACUCAAGAUCUUCGGAAGCAGACACUGAAGCAGCUUCAGGCCUGCAGUAAUAAGGCUUUGCUCGCAGAUGCUCCCUCCAGCUCGCAUCUUGUUUCCUCUCACUCCAGAACUGCUCCUGCUCACACUGGUUUGACCAUGGAGGUGAAUGCCCUAGAGCUUGCUGACGUUGUUGCAAAGUCAAAAGAUCACUCUAGAACAGAUGCAGUCGACAAGGAAGAUGAGCCACUGGGUGCAAAUCCAAGUGCUCCUACUGAGGAAGACAGCAGCAGUGGCAGUGACCCCAGUACGAGUACAGAUGGAAAGAGAGAGACGUCAGAGUCUGCUAAAGAGGAGAGCUCCGGUGAUUCUGGUGAUCAAGAUACAAAAGCUGUUGGAUCAACACUGCAUAGGUCUAAUGCUGUGGGGAACUUGGCGGCUUUUCCUUUGCACAGCCCCACUUCUGCGACAUUGGCCAUAUUGCAGCCAGAUGUUCCUACCGAUGGUGAUGCUCCACCAAUAUUAGACGAUUUGAGACAGAAAGAAGUGAGGUUCUUUUUAGCUUCGCCUUCCUCAGGGCCAAUACUAGCCUCGUCUCCUGCCCCAGGCUCUCAGUCGAGCAUGAUGGAGACUCAGAACAAUUCAGACUUAAAACCUUUGAUCUUCAAAAAAGGUGUUUCUACCCUGAACUCAUCCUUUGACUCUGAUGGCUGCCUAAACAACACCAUAGAGACAGAGUACAACGAUCCUCCAUCUUUCUCAUCUUCGCAAGAGAAAAUGGAGAGUCACAGAAAACGUUCCCGCAGCAGUUCGCUAUCUUCACAUUCGGAUGGUGCUGAGCUUCAGGGGGAAAAUGGGAAAACCAAACCCUUGACCCCUCGUUCCACAGAUGUGUCACCUUCCCUUAUGUUUAAGGGCAUGUCACCUGUGCCCAGGCGAAAAUCGGAUGAUUCAUCAUCAGAAGAAGAGAACUUGGCAGGCCACACUGAUCUGGUCAGUAAGAGUGGUCGUGUGAGCAAAGGACAAAGGAUGCCCAGCAUUGCUGAGGGAAAGACACUUGACUACAUUGAUGAUCAGGCUUUUCUGAAGCCCCUGGGUGUUGAGGAAAGUCGAGUGUUGUCCAAGCAUGUAAGGCAUGCUGUGAUCGGCACUGAGGAGAAACCUCUCGUCUCAGUGCAUUCUCCACCACAAGAUGCGCAUCUGCCGCCGUCUAAGACCCCGAAGCUGAGUGCAUCACAGCACGACUUCGUGUUCCGGACGCCUGGCAACAAAGUUCACACACCGAGGCACACGCCUGGUGCUCACCUGCAGACCCCUCUGAGGACGCCCAAAAGUGUUCGCAGAGGGCCCGAGCCGCAGGGGGAUGAUGGGAGAAUCUUGGGAACGCCGGACUAUUUAGCCCCUGAAAUUUUGCUUCAGAAGCCUCACAGUUUUUCUGUUGACUGGUGGGCACUUGGAGUUUGUUUGUACGAGUUCCUCACUGGCCUUCCUCCCUUCAAUGAUCAGACUCCAGAAGCUGUUUUUGAAAAUAUUCUCAACAGAAACAUUGUUUGGCCUGAGGGGGAGGAAGCUCUGAGUGAAGAUGCUCAGUCAGCUGUGGAGCAACUGCUGACCAUGGAUGUAGAGAGAAGGCCGACUGCUAAAGGUGUCAAGGCAAUGCCUUUUUUCACUGCACUAGAUUGGUCAAGUGUGCUACAUAUGGAAGCUCCUUUCGUACCCCAACCAGAUGACAAUAUGGACACAACAUACUUUGACCCAAAAAAUGCUGAGAUGAAUCUGGUGAUGUCUGCUGUGGACUUAUAAGAUCUGAAACAAGUUUUCCUGUACAGCAACAAAGAAGACUCUCGGCUGAGUUUGACUGACCUUUUGACUACGGGGAGUGCAAUUAAUAUCAUUUCAGUAUCGUACUUUUGGGGGGUUUUUUUGCAAGUGUUUUGCUGAGUAUUUUUAUUGGGAAUGUCGCCAGCAUUCAUUCAAAAAAACAAAACAACCAACACCUAAGCAUAGAAUUAACCUGAAGCAGGCUUAACCUGGCCUUAAUGGAAAGUUGUGAGUGACUGAGUAAUGCAUUAUGUCUGUAUUAUUUUUGUUGUCUACUACAGAAUGUCAUGACAAGUGAGAAAGUGCAUCUCUCUGUCUAAAGGAUUUGAUUAACUUCCAUUAAUUACCAUGGCUGCAAUGGAAUAUGGACAUAAAUGUAUUUUCUGGGUCUAGAGAUGGUACCUUAAAAUGUUUUGCUCUGGUUGUAUGGAAACACUUAAUGUGUCUUUGAUGUUACUUUACAUAUUAAUUUCCCCUCUAUUCAGGAAACGAUAAAUAACUCAGUUUUGUGUACAGUUUCUUUCUUUAGUCUACAACUUUUGUUAAAACAGCAUCUUCUGUGAUCAUACUUAAGCAGCUUAAGCAUAUAUAGUUUUGCGAUUUUUGCAGCAUUAUUAACUUAAUCAUCAUGUACAAUUGGAACGGUUUCUGCCAAAUUUUGGUUUUGGGGAUUGUUUCUCCAAAAUUUUUGAGGAGAAAUGUAAAGAAAUGUGCCUUUGCAGAAAAAAAAUGUCGAGGAAUUUGAAUCUUUUCUAGCAUUGUGUGUACGUAAAUGCUUUUUUGUGGGUCUUACUGGAGUGUGUCAUCUAUGUUCUGUAUGAUCUUAAUAGUCAAGUGAUGAAAUGUUUUAUUCUGUCAUGGAAAAACCUGUGGCACUGCAUAUUUUUAUAUCUUUUAAAAAAAUAUUUACCUUU